AUGGAGCUGGAUCCUGCACUGCCUACUCUCAACCAGACUGUGCUCAUCUCUGGGCCUGGGCCCUUUGUCCUGCUGGGAGUACCAGGAUUGGAAGCCUUGCAUGCCUGGCUCUCUGUGCCUGUAUGCCUGCUGUACGUGGCAGCUUUGGCAGGGAAUGCCCUUCUACUGGGGCUGGUGGCUGCUGACAAGGCACUUCAGGCACCUAUGUAUCAGCUGCUGGGGCUUUUGGCAGCCACUGACUUGGUUCUUGCCACAUCCACAGUGCCCAAAGCUCUGGCUGUGCUCUGGGGCCUGUCAGGUAAGAUCUCCUUUGGGGUCUGCCUAGCCCAGGUUUUUGUUGCCCAUGUGGCUUUCAUUGCUGAGUCCUCAGUGCUGCUGGCCAUGGCUGUGGACCGCUAUGUGGCCAUUUUCCAGCCAUUGCACUAUGGGGCACUGCUGACCCAGCGUGUGGUAGGUAUAGUGGCUGUAGCUGCUGUGACCCGUGGUGCCUGUGUCAUGGCACCUGCUGUUGUCCUCCUCCACAGAUUGCCUUACUGUGGCCAGCGGGCACUGCCCCACACCUACUGUGAGCACAUGGGUGUGGCUCGGCUGGCAUGUGGCGACACGCGCCCCAACAUCUGGUAUGGACUGGCCACCACGCUGCUCUCUUCAGCCCUGGACCUAGGGCUCAUAGGCACUUCCUAUGCCCGUAUUCUCCAGGCCGUCUGUCGCCUGCCAUCUCAUGGUGCCCGUCGCAAGGCCCUGGGCACCUGUGUGGCUCAUGCCAGUGUCAUCACUCUUUUCUACACACCCACCCUCUUCUCCUUCCUGGCUCACCGUUUUGGCCACCACACAGUUCCCAGCCAUAUCCACAUCCUACUGGCUAAUCUUUACGUGGUGGUCCCCCCUGCCCUUAAUCCUGUGGUCUAUGGAGUGCGUACUUGGCAGAUUGCUCAGAGGCUCAGGCACUUGCCUUUGCUCUGCUAGGCAGGGACAGUGAGGGAUGUGGGCCCUGAGUGUGCCUCCCACAGGAAUGAAUGAGCACCCUAUUUUCUCCAGGAUGUGCUCUCAGAUGACCAAACAGUGCUGCAGGAGCUG